AUGUAUUGGGUCAUCCACGCGAUUAUCACCGCGUACGAGAGCUACGUGCCAAUCAAUCCGAUUCCUUUAUGGGCAGAAGUGAAAGCAGCGCUGUAUUUUUCCUUACUUUUCGAUGGGCCUAUUCAGACGACAAUGGUGUUUAAUAAAGUUGUCAAGCCAUAUUUUUUGAGAUACGAGAAAGUGCUCGAUAAACAUCUGGCGAACUUACCGGAAGACGCGAAGAAGUACAUGCAAAACGUGAAGGAUUCCGAUGCGGUGAAGAACGUGAUGACGAUGACGAAAGAUCAGGCGGAUAAGUUGAUUGCCGAGCACGGUCCGGAAGUUAUGGAUAAAAUGAUGACUAUCGCUCGGAUGCAAGCCGACGGUUCGCUCGAGAAGAAGGUGAAAGAGACGCUCGGAGGGACGAAGAAGGAGUAA